CGCAGCUCUAGUAUUUCGCACGAUAGCGGCUCGCGGUGACAACUUGUCUACCGUUUGAAAACACACCCUGAACACUGGCAUUUCCUCGUCUCCCUCGCCAUUUUCCGUCAUAACCAAGUGUCAUUCUUGGUGGCCAGAUGGAGUCAGCUGGAUAUGAGGAAAGUGUUGGAUGCCGCCAGGCUAUCCUGAGCAACAACCAAACCACCCAGACCAUUUCAUUCGGUGCCAGUGAGGAGAGGUGGAGCAGUGUGGUGGUGGGGUCUGAGGUGCAGGUGGAAGUGGGCGCCACAAACCACACCUCCGGUUCCUCGGCAAUCACCACCCGCAACAUCAGCAAUUACUCCUGGGACCACCACUACCUGUCUGGCAGCCUGGUGGCCCAGCAUUCCUCAGGCAACUAUGUGGCCUAUGCCAUCAGGGCUCCCCAGAAGACCAGCGGCAUGGUGCGCAUCAUCAACAACAAGACCGGGGACCGUGGCCUCGUCAGGAACAUCAGAGGGAUGGUGCGAGACCUUGCCUUUGCCCACAUUACCAACCGCAUCAUCCUGGCCUUUACUGACCAGUUUGGGACACUUUAUGUAUGUGAGGUCACAGACACUUCCAGUGGCACUUCACUCAACACUGAGAUCCUGGUGGAGGUGGCCAGCAACAGCAAUGAGGCCAGUGACCACCACCGUGUGAUCUGGUGCCCAUACAUCCCUGAUGAACAGGCUGGGGGAGAGGAGGGGGAUGAGCCAGCUCACCUCUUAGUGCUGACUCAUGGCCCUUGUGCUGAGAUCUGGAACAUCAGCGUGGUGCUGCGGGAGCACGGGGGGGGGCAGCUGCGGCGUGAGCAAGUCGCCUCAGGUUACCAGCUGAUGGAGCAGCACUCGGCCCCAAUCACUGAUGCUGCCUUCAGUCCAGAUGGCACAGCAUUGGCCACUGCUGCUCUUGACGGCUAUGUCAAGUUCUUCCAGGUGUACAUGGCUGAUGAAGAGAAAUCACCGCGCUGCCUGCACCAGUGGAAUCCUCAUGAUGGGAAGCCCCUCUCAGCACUGUUCUUCCUGGAUGAUCACAAGCAUCACAGUCCUGAUGUACAGUUCUGGAAGUAUGCUGUCACGGGCGCCUGCAACAAUUCAGAGCUGCGCGUGUGGUCCUGUGAGUCAUGGCAGUGCCACCAGACGCUGCGCUUUGUGCCGGCACUGCAGGACCCGCCACAGACGCCCCUGAUAUUCAAAGCCACCAUGGAUCCCUCAGCCAACUUCCUGCUGCUCUCGGACAUUCACCGCAGGGUGAUGUAUGUAGUGGUGGUGUACCAGGAUGAAAACAGUGGUGGAGGAGGGGGAGGGGGAGGAGGGGGAAAUAGUAUUAGUGGAGGUAUUGGUGGAGGGAAUUGCUGUGUAGGGAAGAGCAGUGGUGGUGGAGGGGUGGGGGGCAGUGCACAGCUGGUGUCGGUGUCGGAGCUGCCAGUGCAGUACCCAGCACUGUUCCUCUCCAUCACGGAUGCUGCCUGGAAGCCUUACAAGCUGUGGAAGCACGACCACAUGCAUGAUGCUGCUCAAAAUGCUCAUGAUGAGGAGGACAUGGAGAGCCUGGACAUGGUGGAUGGCGUGGUGCUGCGGUGUGUCCUCAUCAACACUGUGUCCCUGCAGGAAGCUACCCUCAGAUUCAAGCCAGACAUCCCCCUCACUGGGCCUCCCACACACCACCAUGACCUUAGUGUGUCCCGGGACUCUAUAAACGUGCGUGAUGGCUUGACAGACUUAAGCCUGAGCACAUCUGAGGUGGACACAAAUGUAAGUAGGGAGAGGGAGGACAGGGAGGAAGAGCAGCCACCUCCCCCUCCACCUCCUCCAGAUGCCCUCACCUCCCCUCAGAGCUCCAGUCUCUCCUCUCAGCACAACACUCCGGCAUCCACCCAGCCUCCCAUGAACCUGCUCACACCAGACUCCUUCAGCUCUCCUAGACGGCCGGAGGAUUCAGACCUUCCUGAGGAGGACAAUGAGGAAGGCUCUGUGUCUAGCAAGGUCACACCCAACAAGUUUGAUGUGCCGUACGCACCAGACUUUGAGAAUGCCGCUCUGUCUCUGCUGCUGCGGUGUGGAUCAGGAACCCUCAUGCAGAGCAGCGACUCAGAGAGCAGCAGCAGCCUCAAGAUCCUUGGUUCUGUGGUGGCCGGCUCCUCCACUACCCCUCCAGCAACUGCUCUCCCCCCUCCCUCCACUACCCCUCAUCCUGUCCCUCUGCAGGAUCAUGAAGUCCCCAUUGCCACUGCUGAGGUAGUGGUGCCAAGUAGUGGGGGUGUGGGUCGCACAGGUGCCAGCACCACCUCCUCCCCAUCCCUGGAAGUACAACAGAUCCUGCACUCCCAGAAUGGGAAGAGUGAGGAGUUUGCAGAUGAGGAUGACGAGGACCCAAGAGCCAGGGAUGAGGCUGGUAUGGCAGAAGACGAAGAGGAAGGAGAUGAUGAUGAUGAAGAGGAGGAGGAGGAGGAGGAAGAAGGAGAAGAGGAGGAAGAUGAGCCUGAAGCACACCGGCAACCUCCCUCCUCCCAUAGCCAUCCACCACCACCACCACCACCAGACCACCAAGCCUUGCCUCAGCCUCUUUCCUCCUCCAUUGUCAAGCCCCCGACAUCCUUGCCUCAGCCACCUGCAUCAGUCAUAGUCAAACCAAAACCUCCUACAUCCCUCCCACAGCCACCAACACAGCCCCCAUCCUCCCUUCCCCAACCUCCACUGCCCUUACCAGAGCAGUCUCCUCCCUUACCCUCAAAGACACCAACAUCCGGGCAGCAGUCCUCUCCUUCCUCGCUGCCACGGCCACCACCAUCAUCCUUACCACAGGUGCCUCCCUCAUCCCUGCCACAGAGCCUGCCCUCAUCUCUCCCUCAGACAGGCUCCUCGGUGCCACAACCUCUCAACACCCUGGCUCAGCUGACUCAGAAGCAGGCAGGAAUGCAUAGUCAUGAGGUGGAUCUCCCCAAAGCCCCUACACAGCCACUGGAUCUGUUUGCGUCAGUGCGUGGUCUCCCCACACAGCUGACGUGUGCCCAGCUAGAAGCGGAGAUCAAAGCUGGAACUGUCAGCCCAGAAACUUCAACUUCCCCUGCUGCCAUGACACACCAGAGCAACUCAGCGCAGAUCAAGAAUGAAAAAGGCUUCAAUUCUGUAGGCCACCCAUCAGGCUCCCCAGCUGCUGACCAACUCAAUGGUCCUGUGACACCAUCUGUGACGCCUGAUGAUGUGGCUCAACUUCGCACUCUAAUGAUGGGCUGUGUGAGCAUUAGCCGAGAGCAGGGCCAGGUAGCUGUCUCCCAGGUGCGCUCCCUCGCCUCCAAGAUGGAUAAGACACUCCAUCACCUGACGCAACUGACCAAGCAACUGGAUCUCUCUUUGGUCAGGGUGGAGGAAGUGAAGUCAGCUCAGUCACAGAUUCAGAUGGAGCUUCCCCGGGCACUGGCUGCUGCACUGCGGCCUGUGGUGGAGGGCACACUGAGGAAUGAGCUGAGGACAGUGGUGCUUCCAGGUGUGGUGAAGAGCUUGGAGCCCCUCAGCUCUCAUCUCACACAGGAGGUGCAUUCACUCACCAAGAACAGUGAAGGGCAGGUUCUGGAUAGCCUCACUAAAGUCAUUCACUCAAGGUCUUUCAUUGAUGGCAUCGUGGGCUCUGUGGGGACGGCUGUGGCAUCGACUGUGCAGAGCUCCUGCCGUGAUGCUUACAACAAGCUGCUACUGCCUGGCCUUAAUGCUCUCACACAGCAGAUCUUUGCACAAGUCAAUGAAAACUUCAGCCGAGGCACUAGAGAGUAUCUACAGAACCUAGAGAAUGAGGUGCAGGGCGGCCGGACAGCAGUACAGGAGAACAUGGGGAAGGUGUCACAGUCCCUGACUUCAGCGUGCAGCACUCUUUCCUCCCACUCCAAGUCUCUACAAGACAAUGUCAACAAGCUUGUGUCUCAGCAAAACACGUUGUCUGACACCCUAACUGAGAGGAUACGAGGGCUGGUACGAGAGGAAGUGACCCACAUCCUGCAAGAACACCAGGCCAGCCUGGAUGCCUGUAGCCGUGCCCACACUCCAGCCCCCACGCCUCACGCCCACAACCCAAAGGUGGCUCAGCAGCAGGUGCAGGGACUUAUCUCCCAGGGACAGUUCAACACUGCCUUCAAGCAGGCCCUCUCUGCCUCGGAUCUGAGUCUUGUCAUGUUUGUCUGUGAACGUGUCAACCCGCAGCAGGUAUUCAACAUGACGCCAUGUCCUCUGAGUCAGGAUGUGCUCCUCUCUCUUGUCAACCAACUCUCUUAUGACCUCACUGUCUUCACUGACCUCAAACUCAAGUAUCUGGAGGAGGCCAUCAUGAACCUGGACUCCUCCCACCCAGUGACACGGGAACACAUGCGCUCUGUGUUGCAAGGCUUCCAGCGCAAUAUGAACAUGUACCUCAUGACUCACCCCAACAACAAAAAGGUCAAAAUGCUGCUGAUGGCUGUGAACCACUUGGUCACCUCAUAGGGAGGUGACUUGCAAGAUUGGUGAGGGUAUACAUAGACAGGGAUGAAGCAGAACAAUGUACAUAAGUAUUUCUUCACCAUAUACAAAUAUAAGAUGAUAUUAGCUAUCUUGUUUGGUGCUGUGUGUGUAUGUUCAUGUGUGUGUGUGUGUGUGUGUGUGUGUGUGUGUGAGAGCUGAAGAAAUGACAGAAUUCUUGUGUGUAUGUGUGUGCCUGUGUUGUGUGCUGCUGCACAUGUUAUAAACAAAAAUGUAAAUAUGAUGCAUUUUACUGUGUACAUAUACAUAUUAUGAACCCUAAUUCUGCCAUAGAAAAAUUCUAAUAACUAAACUCAAUCAUUGGUUAUUUAUUCAUUUUAUUGAAAUUUCAAUAUGUUGCUGUCAAUAGUUUUGUGUGAAAGUGGCACAUGAUAUGGCUUGUGAAGUUGUUUCUUUGAUUUUGCAGGUUAAUUUUAAGUUGUUGAUAUAUGUAGGAAUUAUAUUUACUUUGGAAGUUAGUUAUUUCAAACCCCAAGUAAUGUAUAAGUUGAGUAAAGGAGUGGCACUGAAGGCAGAGAGUGCAGGCUCACUGAGGGUGUGUGCAUCAUGCAGUCUUUGUAGCUGUGUGGUUAAUGUGCUUAGGAACAGUUUUGUAGUCUGUCCGUUUGUCUUUCUGUCAGUCUCUCUCUCUCUCUCAGUCCCUUCAUAUCUACCAUCUCACUAUGAAUCUUUUGUCAAUCUAUCUCUGUCAGUCUGUCUCUCAAUCCAUUUGUUAUUAGGACCACCUGUUCCUAAGACUUCUCCAAGUAGAUGACCAUGGCUGGAGAGGCUCCACUCAUUGUUGUCCCUGUGUACCCUCUCAUUCACUUCACACCACCCUAACUCUCACCUUCUGCCAUCCCAUUUCUCUUUGAGUGAUGUCAUUGUUUUGCAUCUGCAGUAUCUACAAUGCUCAUGUAUAUUCUCAUAGUCAUCAGUCAUACAAUUUUCUACAAUAUCUUUGGCCAAAACAUCUUUGAACCAUCUACUUGACCAUCUCAAGUCACAUUUGAUUUCUUCACCUUUAUUGAUAUACCACUCCUGUUAAACACACUCAUCUUGCAUUACAUAGUACAGAUUAAUUUUUCUUAAUUUCUUGUAACCUUGCAACCUUUAGCGUAAGAUCGGAGAUAGUCCGUCCUGGGAGUAAUGAUUUUGUUUUGACGUAGGUGCUGCUUUGUAAUUUUUAUUUCAUUGCGUACACCAACUCUAAUUAUUUCUUUUUCUUUCUUAAAAUCUUUAUAUAAGGAAUGUUGCCAUGAAAAGUUGCAAAUGUAUUUUCUCCUAUAAGUCUUGUGUGAUCUUCAUGUGAUCAGUCAUGUACAUACUGCUGCUGCACCAUUUCAUAUCCUGAAUAUGAAUUUUCUUUCUUGCAAUAUUCUAAAAUACAAGUCAAUGAUAGUUUGCCCUUUUAAUAGUUAACGACUGAUGGUGCUACACCUGUCUUCUGACCUGUUUGCUUGUGUCAGUGGGGAAGGUACUGCUGGCUUCAGACUGCUGUUCUAAAGGUUUCAGCCACCGUAGGAUGUAGGUCAGUGGUUCCCAACCUUUUCCUGUAGAGUCACUGCAUACCACCUGGUUCCAGAAAACUCAGUUCCAGUAAAUAUCAGUUUAUUCACAAGUAAAACAAUGAACUAAUAACAAGGAACAUACUUGUUUAAUGUGAGGGAUGCAUCUGUUUCUUUUUCACCAAGUGACCAAUACCAGAUUAUCUUGUGUAAGGCAAUAAUAAUUUUUCUGAGAAAUGAAUGAAUUUAAUUUAACUAAAAAUUGCAUAUGAUCCUAAAAGUCCUCAUAUACCACCUGCAAGGUCUUCACAUACCAGUACCACAGGUUGGGAACCACUGAUGUAGGGGCAUGGAAACCAUUUAUUGUUGAGUUCUGGCCAUCUUAGCAGUGUUGUUCUUACACCUGUCAGAGGAAGCAGCAGGAGGGCAUGGUAUUAAUCUCAGAGGAAAUACUAAAGGUAUCUAUUUUUAUGGUAAUUUACUCUUGUUGGAAGUGGAGGAUGUGGACGUGAAAGGAAAGCUGUUCAUGCUGGAGUAAUCAGCCUUGAUCGGGGAUUCUGUGCAGUAUUUUUAACUGAAUCUAUGCAUUGUGCAAAAAACUGAUGUCAUAUUAGAAAGAUUUCACAUUGUGAUUUAUUUAAGUUGUAUUUAUGAUCAACUUUUAAUGUAUUAGAAUUAUAUUUUGUAAAUUUUUUUUGUAUUGUAAACGAAGGUGAUAUUCAGAUUGUGAAUAAUUGAGUUAUCUCCUAGUUUCUGUUGUAAGGGAGGAAGAAUAGCUUGUGGGCAUGUCAUGAUAAUGGCAUUAAAUGAGGAGGGGGAUUAAUUAUUUGCAUCCACCUUGCUUUAGUGAGGAGAAUACUGGAGCUGAGUGUAAGGAAGGACUUUGAGAAUACUGAAUGGAAAGUACUCUUGCAGCAUGGGAGCCUUGUGUGUGUCACUCAGUUGUACGGUAGCCUCGCUUGCCAUGGCUCGAGUCUUGUAUUAUAGUACAGUAGUAGUACUAUAUAGUUUUGGAAAGUGUUCAUGUCAUGGAAAUUGGCUAGGAACUUGUAGAAAAGAAAUGUAUAAAAAAGUAUUGUGUAGAGGUUUUGUAUUUUUUUAUGUGAACUCAAGGAGAACUGUGACUGGAAGCAUGGAGUGAACCUAAGGUCAAAUAUGCUAUGGAAGGAGGACAAUCUGGUUGCACACUCUUGUAGUUGUGUAGGGAGAUUACUAACAGCAUAUUCCCUGUAUGUCAUGAGAGGGGACUAAAGGGAUAGGAUAUAUACUGAGGGGACUGGGGAUCCUUACUCUGUGUUUUUAUUCCUACAGUGAAACAAGGCACGAUGUCUUGCAUUGGCCUCCACUCCUGAAAGGGAGGUCAGUUUGGUGUGUAUGUAUAUGUGCUUGUAUAUCUGAAAUAAUUUUCCAUACUUUUUAUGUUGAUUCAACUUGUAUAGUGAUCUGAGGUGUUUUGUUUGAGUGUUUGUGGGUGAGUGGCAUACCUACGGUGAGUGUGGUGUACAUAUUUCAAAGACAAGGUUUGAGGGACUGUCUUUUUGCCUUAGGAAUGUGAGUGAGAGCAGAGUUGGGUGGGGGGAGGGUUAGUAGGAGCCAAUCUACCAUGAAGGGUUUACAAUAGUACUAAGUAUUCAGAUAGAUGAAAAGUAGCCACCUUUACCUGGGAGCAGAAAAAUGAUACAGCAAAAUGUUACUUUUGUUGUGUUCAUGUGGAUAAUUUUGUCAAUGGGUUUGUGCUUCAGACUUUAAAGUAUUGUUUCCCUAUUAUAAUUACAUGUAUGUUUGUGUCUCCUGAAAUAAUGAUUAGGCUCAUAUACAAGCUGUUUGUAAUGUGUUCCAUAAUUCAUAUUUCUGAGUAUCUGCAUAUACUAAUUAAUUUUGUGUUAGGAACGGUGUAUUUUAUUUUUGUACAGAAACUCAUUGUGUUUAUGUAUACAAACAUUUUUCUAGAGAUGGAGAGAAUUUUAUGAGAAUCUUGUACUUUGUUUGGUGAUGUACAUGAGAUGAAGGUUGGCCAAAAUGUGAUAUUAGCUUAUGGCAGCAGAGGCACCACCACCACCAUCACUUGAAUAUGUCAGGUAGUGUCCUGUAAGAUGAGUGCUGUGAAUCCUCUGUCACAAGAACAUCUGUAUAAUUUUUUUUUGUCAUGAUUUUUGUGUUCAUUAUUUGUUCUUGCAUUAUCUUAUAAGGUGGAAUGGGAAAGAAGGUGGUGUCACUGUGGCCUGUGUGUCUUCUUAGCCAAACUUUGCUCUCAAGUUGUUAUUCUUAUUAGGAUAUUCCCAUGAUAGUGGUUUUGGAAAUUUAAUUCCUUGUGUCACAUUGAAAUAAAAACAGAUUCUUGCAAUUAAUUUUUGGACAUGUAAUUGUAUUUUUAGUUAUAUGAAUAAAUUAAUUAUUUAA